GAAAAUGCAUUUGAAGCACUGGAAAAAGACUUCCAAGAUGUCAUCAAUCACCUUAAGGGAGAUAAAGCUCUGGAAAAAUUCCAAAUAGAAUACGAGAAGCUCCAUACUAUUCUGAAGAAGUCUCAUGAAAAUGAAAAGCGUCUCAUGGAGAAAUGCAGGAACCUGAAUGCUGAGCUUGUGGUGAAUUCAUCUAAAGUAGCUACGCUCACAAAGCUCUCUAAAGAUGAUCGGGGAACUAUAUCAUCAAUGAAGACGGAGAUUGACAGGGCCUGGAAAAUGGUGGAUACAGCCUAUGAGAAGGAGCAGAGAGCAAAGAAAAAGAUUGCUUCACUGCAAGAGGAAAUUGCACGCCUCACUAGUUCAGUGGAGCAAGGAUCUGGAGCAUCCCUAGGACAAGACCACAAUAUCCGGGAUUUGCUAAAAUAUAAAGAAGAGAUAACAAAGGAGCGAGACCAACUGUUGUCAGAAGUUGUGGAGUUACGUCAAAGUCUAACUCAAGCCACAGAACAGCAGCAGGCUACAGAGAAGGCAAAAAAUGAGGCAGAUCAAUCCAUUAUGCAGCUUCAGCAAGACAUCCAGGUGCAACAGAAUGAGGUAACACGAGAGGCUCGAAAGAAGGAAAAACUAGAGAAGGAGCUGAAAAAUCUUCUAGCUGAAAUGGAUGAUAAGCAAACUGAGAUAAAGAAUUUACAGAAAGAUAUACAGAGGAAUAAAGAGGAACAACUGAAAAUGGAACAGCACCUAAAAGAGCAGAAGAUCUUGAAUGAAAAAGCUGGUAAGGAACUUGAGCAACUACAGAUGAGAAAUAGUAAGCUCAUACAAGAGAGCGAGCAGCACAAUGUGAUGUUUGAAGAGGUGAUGCAGGACAUGCAGCAGAAGACAGCAGAACUGAAAGCCAGAGAAGAGGAAGUGGCUCAGAUGCGCCUUGAAAUUUCGAAGCUGAACAAAACAAGAGAGAUUCUCCAGAAUAAGCUGCGUGCUGCAGAGGAACAGAAAAUUGAUGCAGCACAUGAGAGAAACAACCUAAAAAAUCAAAUAUCUGGACUUGAGAAAGAGUUGGAGACUGCCAAAAAGCAGGCAGAUAUUGACAGGAAAGCUAUAGAGGAGCUUGUGAGGGAAAGAGAUAUGCUAAGCAAGAACUUGGUCAAGGCCACCAGUGACACUCAGAAGCAGAUAAAUCUAGUGAAGCUCCAUGAACAGUCAAAGAGGAACUUGGAAAGUGAAAUCCAAAAUUAUAAGAUUGAAGCUCAGAAACAAAGAAAAAUUAUUUACCAAUUGGAGAAGGAGAGAGAUUCCUUCAUCAGUGAAACCAGUGAGCUCAAACAGAAGGUCCUCCAGAACCUGAAAGAUAUUGAAAUACGGGAAAUGCAGAUCUGUGACUAUGAGAAGAAAUUAGAAGAGUCUACAAUUAAACUUAAACAGGAACAAAGUCAGUGUGAAGCUGUGAGAACAGAGAGGAACCUGUACAGUAAAAAUCUGGUUGAAGCUAAGGAUGAGAUAUCAGAAAUGAAGAAGAAAUUUAAAUCUGUAAUACAUCAGAUGGAUCAGCUGAAAGAGGAGAUCAAAAACAAAGACGAUGACCUUGUAAAAGCACAUCUAGAAAAUCAGCGAACAGAGAAGGAGAAGGAAUUACUGAAGGCUGAACUGCUUCAGAUGAAAAAACAGGCUCUGGAAACCAAACACUUUAUAGAAAAUCAGGAGGCAGAAGAGAGAAAGCUCCUAAAAAUCAUUGCUGAAGCUGAUGCCGAGAGGCUGAAGCAGAAGAGGGAAACUGACCAGGUUAUCAACGAGAGAGAUAUCCUUGGAUCUCAGCUUGUUCAGCGCAAUGAUGAAGUGGCUCUGCUCUAUGAAAAGAUUAAAAUUCAGCAGUCCAUUCUAAACAAGGGUGAAAACCAAUAUAGACAGAGAAUGGAAGACAUCCAGCUUCUCAGGAUGGAGAUCAAAAAACUUCGGCGUGAGAAGGGAAUACUUGGCAAAAGUGUGGCUAAUGUGGAGGAUCUCAGACAGGAGAUUCAUCACAUGCGGAAGGAACUAUUAAGGGAGCAGACUCGAUGCAAAGUUUUGGAAGAAGAACUGGAGAAUCCCUUGAAUGUUCACAGAUGGAGAAAAUUAGAGGCCAGGGACCCAAGUACCUAUGAGCUGAUUGAGAAAAUACAAAGACUACAGAAGCAGCUUAUCACCAAGACAGGUGAAGUGAUAGAGAAAGAAUUGCUCCUUCAGGAAAAGGAGAAACUGUAUGUGGAACUGAAGCACAUCUUGGCCCGGCGGCCUGGGCCUGAAGCCGCAGAACAGUUGCAGCUCUACCGGCACACUCUCCAAGAGAAGACUAAGCAGCUGAAAGUUUUGUCCUCAGAGUUGAAUAUGUAUGAAUCAGAGAACCAGGAAUACAAACAUGAAAUUGAAAGACUUGGCAAUGAGCUUAUGAAUGUGAAAAAGAAAUAUCUGGCUCAGAAACGCAAGGAACAACAGGCCAAGGAGAAGGAACGAUUCUUGACUGACAAGGAGCCUAAGUUUCCACGCCGCAGGUCUGAUGUUCCUCACUUCAUCGGAGCAGGCUUUGCACUCAGCAGACCCCUUCCCAAAGUUACAGCUUAG